CCUAGAUGGUCACCAUGGGCCAGUGCUACUACAAUGAGACCAUCGGCUUUUUCUACAACAACAGCGGCAAGGAGCUCAGCUCCCACUGGCGGCCCAAAGAUGUGGUUGUGGUGGCACUGGGGCUGACUGUCAGCGUGCUGGUGCUGCUGACCAACCUGCUGGUCAUCGCGGCCAUCGCCUCCAACCGUCGCUUCCACCAGCCCAUUUACUACCUGCUUGGCAACCUGGCCGCAGCUGACCUCUUUGCCGGUGUAGCCUACCUCUUCCUCAUGUUCCACACAGGCCCGCGCACAGCCCGGCUCUCACUUCAGGGCUGGUUCUUGCGGCAGGGCCUGUUGGACACGAGCCUGACGGCGUCCGUGGCCACACUCCUGGCCAUCGCCGUGGAGCGGCACCGCAGUGUGAUGGCCGUGCAGCUGCACAGCCGCCUGCCCCGAGGCCGGGUCAUCAUGCUCAUCGUGGGCGUGUGGGUGGCCGCGCUGGGCCUGGGGCUACUGCCCGCCCACUCCUGGCACUGCCUCUGCGCCCUGGACCGCUGCUCGCGCAUGGCCCCCCUGCUCAGCCGCUCCUACCUGGCCGUCUGGGCCCUGUCCAGCCUGCUCGUCUUCCUGCUCAUGGUGGCUGUCUACACUCGCAUUUUCUUCUAUGUGAGGCGGCGGGUGCAGCGCAUGGCGGAGCAUGUCAGCUGCCACCCCCACUACCGUGAAACCACGCUCAGCCUGGUCAAGACUGUUGUCAUCAUCCUGGGGGCGUUUGUGGUCUGCUGGACACCGGGCCAGGUGGUGCUGCUUCUGGAUGGUCUGGGCUGCAAGUCCUGCAACGUCCUGGCUGUGGAGAAAUAUUUCCUACUCUUAGCCGAGGCCAACUCGCUGGUCAACGCUGUGGUGUACUCAUGCCGAGAUGCUGAGAUGCGCCGCACCUUCCGCCACCUCCUCUGCUGUCUGUGCCUUCGCCGGUCCACCCACAAGUCUGUUCGCUACACACCCUCCACCCAGACAGGCCCUAGCACUCGCAUCAUGCUUCCUGAGAAUGGCCAUUCCCUGAUGGACUCCACCCUUUAGCUAACCUUGGACUUCAGCAAGGUACAGCAAAUGCCAGAGCUCUGCCCCUGGCCACUUGUGGGUGCGCCCAGCUCUACCCAAUCUGCAGGCCAGACUUAAAGGCAGACCCUCAGUCUGGCUUGGCAUGAAACCACUGCCAGCCCUACCCAGGCAGACAACUGUGCCUAUCUCAGGGCCUGUAGGUUGGGGUCAUCUAAGCACCUGGGAGAGAGUUGAAUGGGGUGCAGGAAUCUGGCUCUUCAGUCAUCUCAGGUUGCAGGGCUUUUUAACGGACACUUUUCUGUUUUUACUGCACAUGCCUGGCAAGCCCUGUGGACUGCUUCCUUGUCCACGGUGGCAUGGGUAAUAAAGGUGGGAGAGAUGAGGGCCCCCUCAGGCCACGCUGCCCAGUGCAACAGGGUAACAAGGAUGGACCAUGGGAGCCCCAUCUGCCUGAGGCUGAUUGUUUAGGGGCACAGACUGAGGAGUGCUGAGCGUGAGCUGGGAAAAGGUUUAUGGCCUCUUGCAGCCUUCAGUGGUCUUGCCUAUCCCCACAAGAAUU